AUGGACGCGAGUCCAAAGGAGUCUCAUAUUCGUUCCCCAAAAGCUGACCGUAUAGUUAUUUUUAAUAGUAAAACAGAUUCUAAUGACAAUCAGAAUAGUGUUGAACCGGACAGAAAUACUGAAUUUGCUAUAGUUCAUUAUUCACGCGAACCAGAUUAUUGUCGAGACCUAAUCAGAGGAUCUAUGCGCCCUCAAAGGCGUAAAACAGUAACUUAUAAACUCUUUCAAGGAACUGCACACUCCCCUCUUUUUUUGGAGAUAAUGGGCGACUCUGCGUUACGUAAAGUUUCCAGAGUACGCUUAACCUCUGUAUUUGAAAUCACUGCUUAUAUACCCGGUAUUGGCCAUAAUUUACAAAUACAUUCUGUAGUUUUAGUAAGAGGGGGAAGGGUUAAGGAUUUACCUGGUGUGAGAUAUCACAUUGUUCGAGGAACCCUAGAUGCUGCCGCAGUAAAGGAUCGUCGACAAGGGCGUUCCAAAUAUGGAACCAAAAAGCCAAAAUAA